UCGGACCUGAAGCAGUGGUACAGAUUGACAGAACGAUGAAGUGGCUCGGUGCGAGUAGCGCUGGUGCUGCGGGUGAACCGGCACCUUCUAUGCAAUUGCACCAUCCUUCCGCGAAUGGGCACAUACCCACAGAUACAGAACAAUGUGGGCAAGUAAUGGCUGGUGGUGAUAGUAUGCGUAUACAACCUGGUCAAACACAUCAAAUUGGUGUGAACAGAACUCAAGAUGAUGCCAUGGUGGGUUACGUAUUUCAACGACCUACGGAAGCAGAAUUUAAUGCCCAGUCUUCAGCUUUCCAAACAAAACAGGCACCACGUGCUUGGGCCCUUGCAGAUGAUGCUAUUAUUGAUAAUAAUCCAGAAAAAUGGAAAUAUCCCAUUACUAAACUGAGUGUACCACAACAGAAUCAACCACAACAAUUGGGUCUGCAAACUAUGAACAAUGUUCAUUUACCUUAUGAAAUCCACCCAAUGCAACUUAAAAGUGGAGCACCAGGAACAGAACAUUUAGUUUAUCUUAAUAAUCAAAUGACAGCACAGCAACAAGUUGCCCUCUUUCAUCAUCAACAGCAACAACAACAACAACAACAAUUUAGAAAUGGCCAGGUGACGCGCCGUGCCGAGGGUACCUUGGAGACGGUGGAGAGUUUCGGUGUAGGGUACGGCCAGGGAGCAGGUACGAGCACAGGCGACUGGAUGAAACCACCGGGGGAUCUUUUCCUUUACUGCGACAUGAAGGAUUUGGGGGCCGACAUGAUCGCUCCCUCGGCAAAAAAGCUUUGGGGCGUGGACGAGGGCGGCUCCAAGGACGAAGGGGGUGUAAAAGGCGGUGGGAUACUUCACUUGGGCGACCACCAGAUGUGGCGAGAUUCUACCUGGAGCACCUCAGAUCAUGCCGUCUCACAACCGAUCUCCAUGGGCACAGGUAGACGUGUGGGUGUCGGGACUGGUUAUCAUCAUCAAACAUCAGAAGUUGGAACGGUCCUUAGCCCCAGAAGCAGUGAAACGGGUGGUCUGGGGGUUAAAAUGGUCGAAUACGUUCUUGGGUCGAGCCCUACGACACCCAAAGAUUUGGAACCCAGAAUGGUUUCUCUGAGAUUGAACACCGAUGCAGACAAGAAAGAAAAAGAGAAGGGCUCGGCAAGUCCUUUUGACAGUUCUAAAGACGACACAGGUCCACAAAACAACGGAUUAACAUCUCAAAAUGGUCUCGAUGACGAUAAAGGAUUUAAUCGUACACCCGGGAGUCGGCAACCUUCUCCAGGCGAAGAGGAAUUUCAGAAGAACGCAGCAACGACUCUUGUAAGCGCUGGAGGUGGUGGAGUCGUGUUAUUGAAACCUGGUGUCGAUGUGGUUGGAAGCGAAGAACAUUUCAUGGCCGCCUUUGCAGCGGCUCCACCGCAUCAUUUGCAACAUCAUCAAGCACCACCGACGCAUCAUCUUCAACACCCACACUCGCAUGCGGCGCAACUCUUUGGUGCACAGGCUCCUCCACCCCCACAGGGUCCGCCACCUUCGCAACAACAACAGCAGCAACAGGGGCCCCCGCAGGCGCAAGAUACCACCACUCACUUUGAUGUUCAGCAACUAUUCCGAAGUCAGCCUCAAGGAGCCACGCCACAGCAGUUGCAGCUCCUGCAGCAACAGCAACAGCAGCAGCAGCAACAGUACCUAGCUGCCUCGCAGGCUCAGCAGCAACAACAGCAACAACAACAGCAGAAUUUUCCCACGGCACCUUAUACCGUAAUCAGCGGACAAGAACCAUAUGUCGGAGCAUUGAUAGCCGGUGCACCACCUCCAGUGGUGCCACAGUAUUAUGGAGUAGCGCCGUGGGUUUAUCCAGCUGGAUUGUUACCGCAGGCACCUCCUCAAGCCGCCGCUCCACCGCCUCCUAGGAGACCAUUGACACCAUCCUCGGCUGCAGCGGCAGCUGCCGUUCAAGACACUGCAAAUAAUUUGGCUCAAACUGUUCAAGGCCAAUAUCAGGUGAUACCGGCGUACUACGAUCAAAAUGGAUCCAUCGUGAUGGGCGGGGUGCGUGGGUUAAGCUCCGCGGCAACCCCUAUGAGAUUAGUCAGCCCAGCGCCCGUUUUGGUAAACAGAGCUCCGUCACAACCACCACCAGGACCACCGGCUCCACCACCACCGAGUCUAUAUUCUCAGCCAACUCCUACGUCCCAUAGUAACGCAACACCUGGAGAAUGUUUGGGUCUGGCGGCGUGCAGUGCAGCAGCAGUGGUUGCACAGGCUCAAGCAGUCGCGGUGCAGCAGGCACAACAGCAAGGAUCAGGACUAGCCGCAGGUUUAGCGGCACUAGGAUAUGGCGGCUCCCCUCUGGGAGCACUAGGCUCGCCCGCUCAGCUUCAGAGUACAGGUCUAGGUCUUGGAGCUUCUUCGACCGCCCGGAGAGAUUCGUUCGAUAGAAAUACAUCUGCUUUCAGCCCUAGCUUGGAGUACAGCCGUGCAAAAUGGCCUCAGAGUUACGGAGCCCUAGGCACGGUAACUGCAUCGCCAAGCCCAUUAGGAUUAUCCUUAACACCACCGCCAACUUUGGGAGGAUCUUUAGGUGGACUCGUCGGUGGAGCAAGUCGGGUAUCCGCUGCCCCCGGCGCUGAAGCCAAGUUCCGUGCUAGCGCAGUUCCAGCUUUAACAGCCAACGGGGUUUUCGGUUCUAGUAGCUCUCUUUUCCCGAACUUAGUGGGCAAACCUGGCCGUAGUGGUACGACCAGCAUCGGGGACAAAAAUGCCGGUGGACGAUCACGUUUGUUAGAAGACUUUAGGAAUAACCGAUUCCCGAGUCUUCAGCUACGUGACUUGGCCAAUCACAUAGUUGAAUUCAGUCAAGAUCAGCAUGGUUCCCGUUUUAUUCAGCAGAAAUUAGAACGCGCUUCGGCCAGCGAAAAGCAACUUGUGUUCCAAGAGAUCCUUACUUCUGCUUAUUCAUUGAUGACCGAUGUUUUCGGGAAUUAUGUUAUUCAGAAGUUCUUCGAGUUCGGUACGCCGGAACAAAAAUCCACCCUUGCCCAGAAGGUUCGAGGACACGUACUGCCUUUGGCACUGCAAAUGUACGGUUGUAGAGUAAUUCAGAAAGCUCUCGAAUCGAUCGGACCAGAACAGCAACAAGAGAUUGUCCGUGAACUGGACGGGCACGUUUUGAAAUGCGUUAAAGAUCAAAAUGGAAAUCACGUUGUGCAAAAAUGCAUCGAGUGCGUUGAACCACGAGCAUUGCAGUUCGUAAUCGGAGCUUUUGCUGGUCAAGUGUAUUCCUUGAGUACUCAUCCCUAUGGUUGUAGAGUAAUUCAACGUAUUCUUGAGCACUGCACUCCUGAACAAACUCAGGGCAUUCUUCAAGAGUUACACGCUGCAACUGACCAACUUAUUCAAGAUCAAUAUGGAAAUUAUGUGAUCCAACAUGUGCUUGAACAUGGAAAGCCGGAAGACAAGGCACAGUUAAUCAGCAGUGUUAGGGGUAAAGUACUUACUCUCUCUCAACAUAAAUUUGCGAGCAACGUCGUUGAAAAGUGCGUGACCCAUGCUACAAGACAAGAGCGUGCUGUACUCAUUGAAGAAGUAUGCGGAUUUAACGACAACGCAUUGAACGUCAUGAUGAAGGAUCAGUAUGCUAACUACGUGGUUCAGAAAAUGAUCGAUGUAGCAGAACCAGCACAACGUAAAGUACUGAUGCACAAGAUCCGCCCACAUUUAGGUAGCUUGCGCAAGUACACUUAUGGCAAGCACAUCAUUGUCAAGCUGGAGAAAUUCUUCAUGAAAACUGCAUCUGCAAUGGGGGUAGCAACACCUGCUGGUGCUACGAGUGGUGGAGGUGAUCUUGGUCCUAUUGGACCGCCUGCUUCUGCUGCUGGUGCAGUAUCUACACCAGCUCAGCAGCCAACGCAGGUUUUAUAAGCGUACGGUUUCGGAAAGUAACAACUUGAGGAUCUUCGUACGUUCAGAAAAUCACGUACUAAGAUCUACGUAAUAUUUAUGCAACGUAUCUAUCGUCAUUAAACAUAUAAUGGACGAGAAAAAAAAAUAUGCAUUUCAAUGUGCCGCUUGUCACGUUGUCCCUUCUUGAAACUAUAAAGCUGAAAGAAGAUAACACGCGCGUAUUCACUUAAGACGAAAAAAAAGAACUACCGAGAUAAUUUUUCUUAUUUUUGCAAAACCAUAAAGAACGAGAGACGUUAACAAUUUGUACAGAUUAACAAGAAUGGACAACGCGAAAUUACGGUACGAGGAGAACGAAUUUUUAGGUCAAAUGUGUGUCAGGAAAGAUCAACUUCUAAAAUAACGUUAGUACAGUGCAUUUUUUCUAUUAGUAAUCAAACGUGCUGCCGAAUAAUAUAUCAAUAGCGAUUUACAUUGAAAUGUCGCGAAAGUUGCAUUAAUAACGUUCGAGAGCCGAGUUUCUUCACAAUAGCUGGAUAAGCUUCGAGCAACAAUAUAAAAAAAACUAGUGCUGAGAUGGCUGAUUGUAUUUUAAACAACACUCAUUUGCAAUGAGUUUUAGAACAGUUUUAACGGCAUGAUAGUUCCAACAAUUUAUAACAUACUUUCCCUCAUUUUGGGUAAAAUCGUUAAGCUCUUUAAACUCAGCACUCUUUUGAAAGAGCAUAGGCUCUGUCCUAUGGCAAACACUUAAACACCUAUGAGAAAAGCAUAAAACAAUGAAAGAACAAGAGAAGAAGUUAGUUGAGUCAUACGGCUCAUCGUGAUUAAAGCUCGGUAAUAACAACAAAAAUUUUGAAGAAGAGAAAAUUGUGUUUAGACAGCUAGGAUAGAUCUUAGAGCUGCAUGCAUUUAUAUCGAGUUGUAAUGAGGGUGCGAUGGCCGUUAACACCAUGCACGAAAUGUUUUGAUCGCAAGUGUACCGUACUAUCUUUGCACGCUGCAAAUAGUGUUUGUGCGGUAUACGUCCGAUCAUUGAAUCGAUAUCGAUUCAGAUUCGAUAGAGGUUAGGAGCUACAGAUAUGUUGAUUAAAUCUAGCAUAGCGUUUGACAUGGGAAUGAAGCUGAGUACCCCUGACCUGACCGCUGAUCUGCCCCCUUGAUUGCUUCAAAUUGUUCGUAAAAGAAAGAAAAGAGAAACAAAGAGAAAUCAAUUUUAUUACUCGUUUUACGUUUAUAAGAAUUUGGAGGAUGAAUCAGUAUAUUAUGUAUAUGUGUGUAUUUCUCUCGAAGACAGAAUUUAACAGGAGAUAAAAAGAAUGAAACUAAAAGACAGAAACAAAACAAUGAGGAGAGACAUCAAGUCGUUAGCACGGUUCUCCUUUGUUCAUUUUUACGUUUGUCGCUCUGAAGCGCGAAGCAUUUUUUUUUCUACUCUCUUACAUCCUUUUUGCAUCCCUUUUCUCCCCGAUCCUUGCCCCUUCGCCCUGUUUCUCCUUUCUCCUAUUCCUGAGAUCCCCAAAUUUUGUAAAUUGUGAUAUAAAUAAAUAACAAAUGUGUAUAGGUAUGACGUGACAACUUUAUCGUGAGGAACCGUAAAUUCAAUGAAUAUUUUAUUUUUCACGGGAAUUCUCUCCUUUUUAACGAACUUUGUGAAUAUCGUGUAUUAUAAUAAUUACUAAUUAUAUUAAAUUUAAAUAUGAUUUACGUUCUAAUGCUGCUGACCCUCGAUCAAUAUACGUUAAUAUUUCCCUUUCUCCUACCGUUUUAAAAAUGGUUUCAACCACCCCAUCGAUCUCCCCCUCUAUACACGUACAGGCACAUACAUUUAUAUAUACUUUUCAAUUGUAAAAUAUGAAGAUUUUUGACGAAGGAAACACUCUAGAGAAAAGAAAUCACUUAUGUUCGAAUUCAUCCAAAAAUCCCACCCCUUCUGAUCCACAUCCCCGAUAACUCCCUUUCAUUUUUAAAUAAUCGCAGCCAUCGCGAUUAUCGCGGUGAUUUUUGAACGUAACCGAGAUCCAUUGUACAUUGUAUAAAUGAUAACGCGUUCUUUAAAAGAAGGAAAACGUCAGGAAAUUAAUAUUCCCAAUGCGUGUGUAUCUAUAUCUUUUCGCGCCAUUCUUUCCCUACGCCUUUACAACACGUUCACACAUUAGUUCAAACAUAUUAUACACACCAAGCAUUUCAAUUGUAUUAUAUAUACUGAUCACACAAGACGGUUGGAAAGAGCACCUCUCAGCUGUUUUCAAUAACAUCGUACUUGUUCCUUUUAAUCGAACUUUCGCAUUAUAAAAGAACACACAUAAUUAUAUUUCUCAUAUCUUUUUUCCUCUCUGUCUCGCCUCGUUCGCUUUAACGAUUAGCUUCGUACAUCGUGCAUGCAUCACGUAUUUUUGCAUCACUUUCUAUAUUCCUAAGAUUUUGUACAUUCGAUGAAGCAGUUCAUCGAUCAAAAUCAUCAAUUUCAUAGCGAUCUUUUCCGAAGGAUUUUCUUUUGUACAAUUCACCUAUAUACUUAGUUCAUUUCGGCGACUUUCACGCAUGCUUCGUUGCAUAGGAAUUUUAUAUUUGUUUAAGACGUAUUCCUAGAGGAAUAAAAAUUGAGAUCAAAAUUGGAGAUUUAUUAUUCCAUUUUUGAAGACAAAAUUGGAAUAACCUGUAGCUCGUUCUUAAAAGGUUUUCUGAGAAAUUCGAAGAACAGAACGGCAUUUCGAAGUAGAACGUUUCAUCUAAAUCACUUCACGAGUAUGUAUGUAUAUAAUUAUUCUUCAUCGAGAGAUUCUCGACGGUUGUACAAAAAGAAAAUCUUGCUAAGUUUUUAAAUUCGACGUUCGUGUGCGCCGCACAUUUGCCGCACCUAUUUGUAUACAUUCGAAAAAAGAAGAAGUUCGUUGCGUGUUGCAUUCUCACAGCCGAUAGGUAGUUGUAAUAAGAUCGAGUUGUAUCUCAACUGUGUACAAUGUAUAAUAUUUUGUUAACUUAGAUGUUAAACGUGUAGAAUUCUAAAAGGAAACAAAAAAAUAGAGGAACAAGAAAAUAAAGAUAGAAGGAACCAGCUCAAACAACUCGAGGUCCGUCAGGGUUUUGUACAAAAAAGAUGGGAAAAAUAAAAGGGAAAAGGAAAGAAAAGGAAAGAGCCAAAAAGAAAGAAGAGGAAGAAAAUAGCCGCUUUCUUUGUAACAUAUUGUAAAUAACGAUUUAUUAACGAAAUUGACAAAUUCUUAGGUAAACCCUUUCUCUCUUUCUCUUUCGUCUUUGCUGAAGGAUCGCUGUCAAGAAGUAAUAAUGGCGCGACAGGUUCAAAAGUAGGGAGGAAAAGUUUGGAAAUGUUUAGGGGGGGAAGUGCGUAAGACUCAGUACUUAUCGGGUUUUAAACGACCGUUCGUUCUUUCUCGUUUGCUUCCCUCCAAUCUGCCCACGGAUUCUCUGAGUAAUUCGAUCGAUUGGUACUGGUACUCGUGGAGAAUGGAUGAUAACGUACGCGAGCUACCGUUCCCCACACCUGAAUUCGAUCUUUUCGGAAAUCGCUGAGAGGAGGCUGCUCGUUUUAGAGCCGCGAAUAGCAAAUAAAAAAAUAUCGAGGACAUAGAAAAAAAAAAAGAGAAAUUAAAGAUGAAAAACAGUGUCACAUGUACGAUAUAACGAAACGGAAAAACUCAACAUAUACAGGACAGAGACAUUCCAACCGCCACUUUUCAUCCUCAGCCGACAGGAUACUUUGCCGUUUUUAAAACGCGGGUUAAAUAAAUAUGCGACGUUAAUAUGUUGUAUUAAUAUUUAAUAAGGAAUGACGAUAGUUCCUUCGUCCGUGUAAAUCGCGCGCAUCAUCUGUAAAUUAAACGUCGGAAUUCAACAUCUCAUUUGUAAUAGAACCAUCGAUAAUCACCCUGUCGAGUUAGGAAAAAAAAAAACGCAAAAAAUGAAUACCGAAGAGUCACUCAACAGAAGCGAAAAUCGAACGCAAAAUCUCAUGUCUUAUCAGCUAAGGUUAUUCAUUAUUAUUAUACUUUUAUUAUUAUUAUUAUAAUUAUAUUAUUAAUAUUCUUAUUAUGAUUCUUAUCAUUAUUAUUAUGAUUCUUCUUCUUAUUAUUAUUAUUAUUAUUAUUAUUAUUAUUAUUGCUAUAAUUAUCAAUAUUGUUUGAUUAACGACCUUUCCUCUACGGAUUAUUAUUGUUAUUACUAAUAAUUGCUUUAUACACACUUUUAUAUAUAUAUAUACAUACAUACAUACAUGCAUACAUAUAUAUACAUAUAUAUAUAUGUGCGUAUAUAUAUAUAUAUGAAAACACGAGUAUGACAAACUCACGUAUAUAACGCUUUAUAAAUAUGAUACAUAAAAUAGUACGAACACAUUUUUUUAUGCUCCGGGCUUUUUCAUUUUGUCCUUUCGAAGCAAGAAUAAAAGAAAAGAUAUGAAUCUUUACUUUAAUUAAAAGAUAAAAAACGAAAAAAAAAAACAGUUUAGUGCAAAUGUUUAGCGAUAGGUUGACAACCUUAUUGCUGUCGUGUUAUAUAUAUGUAUACAUCUCUAAGCUUCUGAGGAAUGGAAAUGAAAUUCAUCAAUAACUUUUGAUUAUAAAUAGUGUAAAUUUUUUAUAUAGCGUGAGAAGAAUGAAAUAAUUAUUGGUUGCGCGACUUCUACGAUGUGCGCGUGCACCAUGUAUAAAACAAAACGUAAAGAGCGGGAAAAAGAUGGAAAAAUCGGAAUUAUAUGUUCAUGGUACACAUAACAUUACACACGACGGUUUCUCGAUAUUUUUUUUUUUUUUUUUUGUAACUUUGAACUUUGUAUUCUUUCACCGUUCGUUCUUUUCCUGCAUUACGGAUUGUGCGAUCUCAGAUCCGUCAGCGAAAUUUGUCUAGCUAUAGCGAAUCGUACAUCCUAUUCCUUGAGAGCGUGUACUCUUUGUAAAAUAUGUAAAAGUGCGAUACACAUUAUUCAGUAUUUCUGUAUACACAGUUUGGUAUGUCUUUUUGUAAAUUUCUGUGCGAUUAUACGAUUCGUCACCGAGUAAUGAAAAAUUUUGUUAAUAAAGGAUCCGAAUCGCGGGAUUUGUAACGCAAACAGUAUCGAACUUAUUCUUGCCUUUAACGAAGAAACGAGCAAAGUAAAACCAAGGGGAAAGACGACCGACCGGCUCGUUCGUCUCUUCCAAUUUAUAGAAGGCGUGUGAACAUCCCAAUCUAGCAAUUCAAUUGGACAAAAACAAUUGAAAUUCGCCGCAGCACUAUUCGUAUUCAUGAAGUUUCGCGCACGCCGAUCACAUUAUCAAAGGAGCAUCUUCGUGUCGUAAUAUCCCUGUAUAUGUAACGGAUCACAUGCAACAGUAUUUGAUAAACGAAUGUUUUUUACUGUCUCGUCUAAAUUUCAGUUAAAUGCCCCAUUCUAAAUUCUUGUAACUGUAAUAGUUCACCAAGAGGGGCACGACGAGGAUUUAUCGAUUAAACGAAAUUUAUGCGAAAGAUAAAUUGACUACUGUUUUAUAUAUCAACAUUUAUCUGCAAACGAUCAACGCGAUGUUCGAUUCGGCAUAUACAGAGAUAUCGUGCAAGUAAUAUGACAGCGUUCCCACGUUGCGUUACGUAUAUCCCUUUGCGCUCCCUUUAAGCCUUUAAUAUUUGUACUUUAGAUACAAUCAUCCCUUUCUCUUUCGCCCCAUCUAUACCCGGUCACACGCCACUCUUUCUUGAAGGUAUCUUGCGAACAUCAUGAUAAAGGAACAAAAAUAUACAGAAAACGCAAAAUCAAGAAAGGAUUCCCGGUGGGAACGCAUAUGAUCCGAAAGAGGAGGACAAUUAAGCAACCCUAUAAAUAAUUGAUUAUACAUAUAUAUACAUAUAAAUAUAUAUAUAUCUGUAUAUGUAUACCUAAAACCUUUGAAAACUAUCGAUAUAUGAUAUAUAUGUAAUAAGUACUAUUUAAAUAUUGUAACAAUUGUAUAUGAUUUUAAUACUACAUGCUAAUUGUAUUAUAUAUAUAUGAAAGAUCUGCGACCUCCCACUUGUAGAACACACUCGAUCGUACACACACACGCAACAUACAAUCAUCUACACACACGUAUACGCUACAUGUGCAUAUAUCACGCAUGCCCUACACACAUAGGUAGACAUACAAGAUCGAUAUUGUUUGAUGAUGUGAUGAUAUGCCACGGUAUCCGUUUACAAGUAUUCAACGAAAAAAGAGCAACAGCUUACCUCUCUUCGUUGAAUGCAAGCUUGCGAAUACAUACAAUAUACACGCGCGCGCAUACACACACACACACACAACAUACACGCGCGAAAGAAGCACACAGAUCUAAAACACCGCGUUCUUCUUCAUUUUUCAUCUUCGCACCCACCGGUUUCAACUGCCAUGGCGCUAUACAGUUAAUCGAAUAACAAAGGAAAACGUGAAAUAGAAAAUUGAUUCGCAACAUCCUUGGUUCACCGUUCCUUUGGCUGCCUCUUUAGGUGACGGGACGCGAAUACGCGCGCGGUCGCACGCGUGAACCAAGGAAGGACGAAGAGGACGUAGAAGAACAUCCACGGGAAUGGUGCGCCCUGAUAUUAAGACUGAUGUACAGUAGCGCGCUAUUCUCACCGCAGAGAUAUCGUCAUUUUCAUUACAUUACAUAAUCUCACAGUAUACACGUACACAUCUAUCCUCAACACGGUUACACGAAACAAUCACGGAUUCGCAGGGCUAAUUGAACAUAUAUAUAUAAAUAUAUAUAUAUCGUAUAUAUUUGUCAGAUAUAUGUCAUAUAUGUAUGCGUACACUCGUUUGCCACGCCACUGGCUCUUACACUUGCACGCGGGUCGACUCGUGUCAUUCAUGAUUUUUCUUUCGAUAUUUAAUCGUAUGCGCGUGUACAUUGUUGCGAAUUAAAUGUCGUUCAUUUCGGCGAAAUGAAAAGAAAAAGGCGUCAUCGGCUAAAUCGUAAGCUGUUUGUAAUAUAUACGAAGCAUGUAUAAGCUGUAAUUAUAAAUUGUUUGACAUGUUGCGUUGCUCGAUUCGCUUGGAGAGGAGAGGUGUGAAAUUUUGUGACAACAAAACGUGUAACGUUUUUGAAAGCUCUCUUCUUAUUUUCUUAGCUUCUUGUUAACAUUAUCGUUUCAUGAUAACAAUUGUUCAUGCAUUGAACGAAAUGGAGAAGAAAAAGACAACUCUUAUUCGAUAAUCGCGCGAGCAAUGUACGAGCCGGUGAUGCUUCUGGGACACACGGUAGAUUGCAGAGGGAUAUAAAGAACAAGAAAUGUAUUCCAUGUUAGCGGAUAAUUAGAUAAGUGGGACGGACAGGCAUACGGAUUAAAACAAAAAAAUUGCGUAACUUGUAUAUUAGUGUAUAGAACGUAGAAACGAUGAAAUAGCCACGAAAAGAAUCAUUUUCGACGAUGUUUUUUACAAGCAGGCAGAACAGUGCGAGUAGAUUAAAGAGACAAACAAAAAAAAAAUGAUAAAAAAUACGUCAUUGUACCAUUUAAGUAAAAACUAAAAAAGGAAAAAACUAACGAAAGAGAGCAUGUCAAAAAAAAAAACGGUUUAUAAAAAAUGCACUAGCGACGAAAGAGAGCCACUACAAACCGCCACCUCGAAAGAAAAUCGUUUAAAAAGAAAAAGAAGAAAGAAAUAAUAAGAAAUAAGUAAUAUACACUCACUCCUCGGUAAAAAAAAGAGCGUAGAUUUUUUUAAAUAGUCACGUGUCGAUGGUAGAAUCGACGUACCGGAAUUUUUCGAGAAUAAAAAGUACGCGAGAAAUGACGCACGCGAGAUCACUUUUUACGAGCACAUGAAAGCCAGAAGACGGUUUCAUGCAAUAAGUUUUGUUCUUCCCACGAUUACUUGUUCCUUUCUUGUUUAACGAUAUACCGUGUUCGUUCGUUCAUCAAUUAUCGCAUUCUUGUUUUUCUGUUGAUCGAUUCUUUAAUUGGGAUAUACGAAUUCUUUUUGACUCGUGGUGGUAGCGGUUCCUUAACAUUGCCAGGUCCAAAGAGUUCUGUUUUGCGGCUUUACGUUAGACGUUCUGUCAAACCAACAAUAUGCAAAGCGUUUCCGCCGAUAUAUAUGUAUUGUAAAACUAUUUCCAAGAACGAUACACAUCGUUACGGUAUUAUUAUAUACUAAUUAGCGUCUUUGUCGAUUGUAUUUCAUAUUUUCUAGAACGUUAAAUAAAAAGGAUUUUCGAAUCUGAAUAUAAUGUGAAAGGAGGAUGUCGUGAUAACUUAUUACAAUAAAACGAAAAAAAAAGGGAAAAAAGGAAAACAAAACGAAACGAAGAAAAAUUUCCACAUUUUCCUGUUCAUUCGAUCGAUUCAGUGUUCUCGCGCUCUUUUAGAUUUUCUCGACGCGUAAGCUUUGCUCUUUGGAUCCAGUGCAUUUCCGGUUACUUCGAAUCAAACGUUAUUCCAACUUAUUUCGUCGUUAGUGUUCAUGCUUUUUGCUUAUGCGUUUAUUUUUUUCUUUAUUCUCUUCUCUUUAUUUUGUACAUCGUUUUGUAUUAAAUGCUGUAUUUUCUUUUGUUUAUUAAAAAAAAAAAAAAAAUAUUAAAAGUAAAAAGUAAGGACAAAGCGUGUCAAUGCAAUUGCAUUUUUACAACCGUAAGUGCUCUCCCUUAAAAUUGUCGCACUAAAUAAAACUACAAGCGUUUACUUAGUCAAGUUAAAUAUUCUUUAGUAUAUUUUUUAAAUGGUAUUUGUUCGUAUUGUAAACCUUAUAACUAGUAGAUGCAUUAAUUAAUUAGUAUGAUAAUUAUAUAUAUGCUUUCUGUUGCUUGAGUUUUGUCUUCUUUUUCAUUUUUUUUUUGUAUACAAGAAAUACCUACCUUAAAUAUUAUUUAUUGUCAUCUCCUACACCGAUGAUUCGAGACAAUUUACGUGUAGGGCGAUCUACGUUCUCGCUUCUAGUGAACACUUGUUACUUUUCUUAAAUUUUUAUUAAUAGAUUCACAAAUAAUUCAUUGGAUCACUUUGAAUUUCGAAAGCGCGCUUAAAAUUCCAAAAUAACUAUUCGAAAAUAAGAAAAUUGAAAUUAAAACGUAGGUAGCCGUACUGGUAGUUUGUCUUGAUUAGCAUUUUACUCAUUAGUAGACGUACCUAAUGCAUCAGGUAUACACCACACCUUUACACACUUACACACUCGAAAAAAAUAAUGAAUUAACGGUAUUCUAAAUGUAACGUGUAUAUGAUGGCUGUACAAAUGUAACAUUUUUUUCCAUUAUGUAUGAUGAUAUUAAUGAUAAUGAAAAAUGGAAAGAUUUGAUGCAAAAAAAAUGUGGUAUAAUUGAAUUUACAAAAAGAGAAAAAAGAACUCGCGCGUGUACGCAUCGAUCGGUACGAGUCCGACUAUGUAGUCGGUAUAAGUAUCGAUCAAUUCACUCCCGAGUGAUUUACCAAUAAACUACUAUUACUUUUAAUUAUUAUAAAAUACCAUUUCUGUAAUAACAUUAUGAUAUAAAACCAUACAUUGAAUGGCAAA